GGAUGCUCCCUGCGCUGGGCUUGCUGCAGUGGCUCCGGGAUGUGCUUGGGGCUCCUGCAAUCCGCCCAGGAAUGGUUUCUUUUGGAAUGACAGCGUCCUCGAAGGGUGGUUUCAAUAAGGGAAUGUCCUUUGCUUCCAGUGCAGGAGGCUCGGGUUAAAAACAGGGAGAGAAAGGCUCAUCCCGGUCGGUUUAGUGGGAGAAUAUCCCACUAAAUAUCCUCCCCAGCAUGGAGUGGUGUGCUGCCCUCUGGAGAAGGAGAUGAUGUUGGCUUCCAGAGUGUUCAGCCUGGUCGGGAGGAGAUCCAUCUCCACCUCCCUGUGCCUCAGGGCACACGGACACGCUGGCGUGGUCAAGGCUGAGGAUUACACGCUGCCAGUGUACGUGGACCGGCGGGAUGUCCCCCUGCCCGAGGUGGCCUUUGUCAGGGACCUGUCUGCGCAGCAGCGGGCGCUCAAGGAGAAGGAGAAGGCAUCGUGGAGCGCCCUGUCCGUGGAUGAGAAAGUGGAAUUGUAUCGGAUAAAAUUCAAUGAGACCUACGCAGAGAUGAACAAGGGGACAAACGAGUGGAAAACCAUCCUGGGGGGAGUUCUGUUCUUCCUUGGUCUCACUGGACUCAUCCUCAUCUGGCAGAAGCACUUCAUGUACGGCCCCGUCCCGCACACCUUCUCCGACGAGUGGGUGUCAGCUCAGACCAAGAGGAUGUUGGACAUGAGGGUUAACCCCGUGCAGGGCAUCACAGCCCAGUGGGAUUUUGACAAGAACGAAUGGAAGAAAUAAAGCAACUCAGUGGAACCUGCUCUGCUUGAAUAUGAGAUGAUUCCAUCACCUGUGUGUGACCUCGUUGCUUGUUGUACUGGAACACCCUCUCCACCUCCAGAAAUGCUAAUAAAUGUCUGGUUAACUUGA